UUCGCAGCUCGAGCGUAGAAAAUGGAUCAGACAGGGUUUCUGGGGCCUGCAUUGGAUUGCAUGCUGUAAUGCAGUUGGCCUUCAUUACUCCAUCUGCUGUGUUUGUAUCAACCGAAUUGCCCUGGUGAGAGCGUGUGGAUCGUGGGCUUCGGUGGGUGCACUGAAACAAGUCUAGAGAACUCCUUGGGACCCUCGACAUGACGAAACCUGCGUGUAGCAUCGUCGCGAUGGUUAUCUUAACCCUGGUCCUAGCCGCUACCGGUGGUGUGCAAGCGCAGCCAUGCUCACCAACCCAACCCCUGUUAUUGUACGGGUAUUGUGCUAGUUAUUUGACGGAUGCAACAAGCUAUCCGGAUAACACAUGUUGCGAUGUGAUUUUGAAUAUGUACAACUUGAGAGGGGCUAACUGUUUCUGCGACGCAGUUAGAUCAUUGGUCGCAUCGAACCCUACUUUGAACGCGAAUAAAGCACGCGCCUUGCUUAAUGACUGUGAAAUAUCUGCUGGAUCAACGUGCUCUAUGACACCUGCCUCUCCCGUGUCCCCUUCGUUACCUGCGCCUGGCUCCGACGAUGGCAUCAACACUCAACCACCUGGACCAUCAAGCCCGAGUUCGACGACCUAUAAGACUGCAGGAUCUCUGAACCUAGCUGCUCCGAUCGGGGGAGGCGUAGGAGGAAUCACAGCUCUCGUGAUCAUCUUGAUUUUGAUCGGGAAAUUUACGAACAUGUUCUCGAGAUGCUGUAAUUGCCAUUGGUUUGUGAAUGUAGGCGGACGCAAUGGUGAUGGCAAUGCCAACGCCAACGUCGACGCUGGUGGCAAUGGUGGUUUACCACAACAUACGCAGCAACCAAAUGGACAUCUAAACCCAGGAUCAGCUACUCCGAACGAAGGACAAGUUCCUCCAAAUGGAAGUUACCACGAUUCAGAUCCAUCGUGGAAUGGUGAGAAGGCUGAGAAAGUACCUGCGCACUUGGCAAGAUGAACGCUCUUCGUUUGGUAGGUUGUGAGGAUCAUUGAGCCAGUCUUGAAUUACUCUCGACACGGCGGUGCUUCUGGAAUAUAAGGUUGUCAACUUCCUUGCAGAUGAAAGAUAGUCAUUCGAAUGACACAACGGAAGAAUAUGUUCAUCUUUUCACGCACUAGAAUGGAGUGUAGGAUACUUCAAUCACCUCAUUUUGACAUCGCUGAGCUCCGCAAGAAUUUGGCCAGUGCAUCAUUUGCCUAUCACCUCGAAAUGCUACAUGUAGAUAGAUUGAUACGCAAAGCGUUUAACGUUCAGCAGGAUUGAAACUGGUAGAUGGAUCGCAAGGGGUCUUGCAUGGAGAUACCAGCCACAUUCGUUUAGUAUCAGAUAAUCAUUUACAGUAUCUCCAGUUUAUUUUCUAAUAUGGGUGUACAUUUCGGGCCGAUUACGACACGCUAUGUCUUGCUACUUGUGUACCAUCGUGUUGCUUUGAGUAUGAUUAAGAGGAUCAGGAGAAAGAUCAAGGUAAAUAUUACCACUGCUAUCAAGAAGUAUUAGAAUAUAGAGUUUCUUUGUCAGUAACUGUAACAUGCUGUAACGUCAGCGGCAAUGUCGCAUCCAGUCGAGGAGUGGCGAUUCCUUGAGUCGAAUCUCCCUCGACUGGAUAAACCAUAUGAAACAGAAUCAUUACACGAGAA